UGACUGACAGGCCGUGCAUAUUUAAACGGUACUCCACGGUUGUAGCUCCGAGCUGCAUCCAACAGAGGACCAAACCAUCUUCCAACGUAGCGAACCUUUCCUCUUUUUUUUUGCAAUUACAAACAAAUAACAAACUUUUCGCGGUUCCACCCUCGUAACAAUCGUAACGAAUAAUUUUCAUAUCAACGUACUUGGAAUAGUUCGUUUAUCAACGAUUUUCUCCAAGUAGCGAGCUAACGAAAGCCUGAAGAUGUCGAUGUUGUCGGGACCGAGUUAUGCGGCGUACGGUUACGCCUCCCAAGGAGGUUUCGGAAACCAAACCGUCGUCGACAAGGUGCCACCGGAGAUGCUGCACCUGGUUGACGCUCAUUGGUACCAAUUCCCACCGAUGAAUCCCCUGUGGCACGGGAUCCUUGGCUUUGUCAUCGGUUGCUUGGGGAUCGUAUCCGUCAUUGGAAACGGAAUGGUCGUUUACAUUUUCUCUUCGACCAAGAGCCUCCGCACCCCGAGCAAUCUCCUUGUCAUCAAUCUUGCCUUUUCCGACUUCCUCAUGAUGUUCUGCAUGUCGCCACCCAUGGUGAUCAACUGCUAUUACGAGACCUGGGUAUUCGGACCGUUGAUGUGCGAAAUCUACGCUAUGUUAGGCUCCCUGUACGGAUGUAGCUCCAUCUGGACAAUGACGAUGAUCGCCUUCGACAGAUACAACGUAAUCGUCAAAGGAUUGGCUGGCAAGCCCUUGACCAUCAACGGCUGCCUCCUUCGCAUCCUCGGAAUCUGGCUCUUCGCUCUUAUCUGGACGGUUGCCCCCAUGCUCGGAUGGAACCGGUGA